AGAUGUGUAUAUUUAUUAUCAAUCCUCCUUUUUGUUCUUGAAUAUAUAUUUUAUUAUACUUGCACAAAUAAAUAUUUUUUUUAUUUAUUUGUUUACUUGAUUAAAUAUUUUUAAUGAUCAAAUAUAGAUCUAUAAUUCAUAAAGUUAUAAAUCAUCCCUUGAGAAGAUAUAGUUCAAGAUAUUUUUCAACUUCAUUUCUUACAUGUGAUGAACAAGUUGUGAUAAACCCAGCUAAAGUUCAAUUAUUAUCACCUAAAUUACAAGCACAAAUAUUUGAACCUUAUUCAGUUCAGAAGAAAGAUAAAACAAGUGAAACUUUGAUAAAGGAAAAUUAUUCUCAAACUCAUUUAACUUUACAAGAUAUAUGGGGGAAAAAAAAUGAAGUAAAUCCUCCUAUUAAUUUGAAAUUACCUAAAUUGUUGGGUGACAAUAUUGAAGAACACUUCAUUCGAAUUGGUAUGGAACAGGCAGGCCUCUUUUUGGAGAAAGCAGAAAGACUGGCAAAGAUCAAUCUGCCACCUAAGCCGACUCAAUGGCUUAAAGUUUCAGGAUGGACUCGAUAUAGUAAGGAUGGUACAGUUAUGUCAGUAGAAUACCCUUUAGAAGAUGCUAUGGUAUUUGAUGUAGAAGUAUUGAUGAGUGAAGGGAAAUAUCCUACUUUGGCAGUAGUGGCAUCAGAAGAAGCAUGGUAUUCAUGGACUUCACCUUAUUUAUUAGGAGAAUCAGUGGAUAAAGAACUGUUGAUACCCUUUGGCAAUGAUCAUCAUAAACAGUCCCGAUUGAUUGUAGGACAUAAUGUAGGGUAUGACCGUGCACGUAUUGCAGAUGAAUACAGUAAACAACCAUCCAAUAUACGAUAUUUAGAUACAAUGAGUUUACAUAUAGCAGUAGCUGGCCUCUGCUCACAACAACGUCCCGCUUGGAAUUUGGAAUUGAAACGUAGAAAUAAUCUUAAUGAUGACGGUGCCGGAACAUCUACAAGGACUGCAGAUGAUCAAGGGUUCUUUGAUGUUAGUUCACUCAACAGUCUAAAACAUGUUGCUAAAUUUUAUUGUAAAGUUGAAAUGGAUAAGUCUCAACGUUCCUACUUUGAAACUGGGAAUUUGGCCGAUAUUAAUGAAAACUUUCAAAAUUUAAUGACCUAUUGUUCUGACGAUGUAGCAUUAACUCAUGCUAUCUAUAAAGUUGUCUUCCCUCGAUUUCAAGAGAACUGUCCUCAUCCUGUUUCCUUUACGGGUAUGCUCAACAUGGGAAAUUCUUUCUUAACUGUAACCGAAAAAUGGGAGGAUUACUUGGAAAAAUCUGCUAAUAAACAUCAAGAAUUAGAAGAUAUAGUGGAUAUCAAAUUAAGAGAUCUUGCUGAGAGGGCUAGAGAGUUAGUAACUGACUUUGAAAAAUGGAAAAAUGAUCCCUGGUUAUCUCAAUUAGAUUGGUCUGUUAAUCCACGUCAAAGAAAGUUAAAAGGUCAGCCUAAAUGGUAUAAGGAUGCCUAUGAUACAAAAGAGGACAAAUUAAAAAUCUCACUACGUUCACGUAUUGCUCCUCUUUUACUUCGUUUAAAAUGGCAAGGAUACCCUUUACAUCACCUUCGUUCCUUUGGAUGGUGUUAUAAAGUUCCCCUGACAGAGAUGAUGGUCGAGGAUUCUCCACACCAAUUAGAUAAAUCUGUAUUCAAGGAUGAUGGUUAUUAUUAUUUUAAAGUACCUCAUAAAGAUGGAGAAGAAGCGAAUUGCGGUAAUCCACUUUCGAAGGGAUAUAUUGGAUCCUUUGAAGAUAAAGUCUUGACAUCUGAAUAUGAAGCAGCAAAAGAGGCAUUAGAAUUGAAUGCAAAGUCUGCCUAUUGGAUUAGUUCUCGCGAACGUAUCUUGAAUCAAUUCGUGGUUUGGGAUACAAAUGCAAGUGUAGAUAUGAAGCUACCUAAAAAGGAAACGGGGAAAUAUGGAAUCAUUCUACCUCAGAUGGUUACAAUGGGCACCAUCACACGUCGAGCCGUAGAACGAACUUGGUUAACGGCUAGUAACGCAAAGGCAAAUCGAAUUGGGUCUGAAUUAAAAUCCAUGGUUCAGGCACCUGAAGGUUAUAAGAUUGUAGGUGCAGAUGUGGAUUCAGAAGAAUUAUGGAUAUCGAGUGUAAUAGGUGACUCUCAAUUUGGUUUUCAUGGUGCAACUGCUUUAGGAUGGAUGACAUUGCAAGGAUCAAAGUCAGAGGGCACUGAUCUUCAUUCGAAAACCGCCAACAUUUUAGGUAUCAGUAGAGAUAAAGCGAAAAUUUUUAACUAUGCUAGAAUUUAUGGUGCAGGUGUAAAAUAUGCAACUAGUCUACUAAUGCAAUACAAUCAAGGGAUGGAUCUAGAGACAGCUAAAGAACGUGCAACUAAGCUGUAUUCAGAUACAAAAGGUGAAAAGGAGCAUUCGGUACAUAACCAAUUUAAGAGAAUGUUUUGGCAUGGUGGUUCAGAGAGUUAUAUGUUUAAUGCCCUUGAAGAUAUUGCACUCUCAAAGGAACCAAGGACACCCGUCUUGGGUUGUGCUAUUACAGAUGCUCUAAAACCAAAAUACAUAGGAAGUCAGUUUUUGACAUCCAGAGUCAAUUGGGUCGUACAGAGUUCAGGUGUAGAUUACCUUCAUCUGUUAAUUGUCUCUAUGGCCCAUUUAAUUGAAAGAUACCAAAUCAAUGCAAGGUUUAUGUUAUCUGUUCAUGAUGAAGUACGUUAUUUAUCUACAGAAGAAGAUCAACAUAGAACUGCUUUAGCGUUACAAGUUGCUAAUCUUUGGACAAGAGCUCUUUUUAGUUAUAAAUUGGGAAUCUUUGACUUGCCUCAGGUAGAGAGUUGUUGACAUUAUCUUUCUUUCUUUUUAUUUAUUUAUCAAGAUAAUUUAACCUUUUAAUUGUAUUAUAUAGAGUGUAGCAUUUUUCUCAGCUGUUGAUAUUGACCAUGUUCUUCGUAAAGAACCUCAUAUGACAUGUUUAACACCCUCACAUGAAGAAAAGAUAUCUGAGGGCACGAGUUGUACGAUAUCAGACAUAAUCCAUGCAUUGUCCUCUAAAAAGGAUGAUACCGAAUCUGAAUGUUUACUAGGUAAUUCUGAAGAAACGAGUGGUACUCAAAUA